AUGAUUUGUACAUUCUUACUUUUAAGUUAUUUAUAUUUUUAUUAUUUAAAAAAAAAAAGAUAACACUAAAACUAAUUAUACCUUUUGUUCCUAUAGAGAAUUUAUGUUUAACUAGUGUCCUUAAAAUGUUUACAAACAAAUAAAUUAGAGCGUAUUUUAUGCGGAACUUUAUUAUGUAAGAUCAGGUUUUAAAUUUAAUCUUAUCACACCAGAGUAGUAAUACUUUAUAAAAAUGCUUAUAUAAUUAUACUAGUGGUAGCUAUUAGAAAUGUAAAGGAAAUAACUAUACUGAGCCAUAUGAUGCAAGAUGUCGAUUUUGGUUUAAAUAUGCAGCGCAAAAUGAUGGAAUCUUUAUUUUUUAACCGUAUAAUGAUCCAUUCACUGGAGCUUUAUAGUCAAUUAUUUCUACAUCCAUUUAUUAUUAGGAAUCAUUUUAUUCGGUUGACUCUAUAAUUUUCUAAAUGUAAUAUUUGGUCUAAUUAUUUAAUUCAAGCAUAAGCCAACAUUCUUAUUCUGUAUUAUUCCAUGAGUUUAAUUAAACGAUUUUAUACCAUCCAUUACUUGUUUUUUAUUAAGUUAGUACGUUUGCUGAUGUUGAAUUUUUUAAUAUAAAUCAAUUUUGUAAUAAUUCUUAAAUCUAAAUGA